AUGAAGAAGUAGGUACGGGCGAUGCGCGGCCGACAGAGACCCCGGAAAUGGAGGACGACCAACCGGACUGGGAACUAGGCAUCCGGCGGUCGUCAUUGGCAACGACCAGGAGAAUUGAAGAACUUACGCUGUCAGAUAUUGUUCUCGAUCCAGAUGGACUUGUCAUGUAUUACUGGCUGGGAAUCGUGACAAUGGCGAUCGUUUAUAAUAUCACCGUCAUUAUGCUCAGAGUUGCCUUCAAGGAAAUGAGGGAUCAGGCUACCGAGGAAUCUUUUUUUUCGCUAUUAGACACGUUAGGAGACGUCAUAUUCAUCGUGGACAUAGCCGUUCACCUUCGAACUUCGUUCUAUGAGGACGGCUGUUUAGUCUUGAAUCCUAAUGAAAUUAUGAAGCAGUACAUGAAUACCUGGAAGUUCAUAAUUGACGUCAUUUCCAUUCUUCCUAUGGGGUAUUUCUACAGUUUUAUCAGUCUGUUCAGCAACGUCAUAUUUCUUGACAUGGAAUCGUUCAUUCCAGGAAAAAUGAAGAUCCUGUUAGUUCGAGCGCCAAGACUGCUGAAAUACUCAACGUUGGUCAGGUUCUUUGACCUAACAGACAGUCGAACACAAAAUCCCAACCUACUCCGGACCUUCAAACUGUCGCUGAACCUCUGGAUGGUCAUCCACUGGAUAGGUUGUGUUUACUACCUUGUCUCGGAGUUUGAAGGACUGGGCACCAAUGAAUGGGUUUAUCCUAAUGAGACUGAAUAUGACGUUUUUUCAAGGAAGUAUAUUCGAGUCACCUAUUGGUCUUUGAUGACACUUACAACAAUUGGAGAAAGACCCCCUCCGGAAACGGACCUGGAGUUCGUCUUUACUGGCGUCACGUUUUUGAUCGGCGUGUUUGUGUUUGCGGCAGUUGUUGGAAACGUAGGUGACGUUAUCAGCAACAUGAACGCUGCAAGAACAGAAUUUCAGUCAAGAAUGGACCAGAUCAAGUCUUACCUGCAGCAUCGACACGUUAAUGAAAGACUGCAGAACAGGGUGAAGAGAUGGGCGGAUUACACGUGGAACAGAACACAGUCCAUUGAUGAACCUUCUUUGCUACAACUUCUUCCUAAUCGCCUAAGAACAGAGAUAGCGAUCAGUGUUCAUCUUGAAACGCUGAAGAAGGUGAAGAUUUUCGAAGAGUGUGAAGAAGGUUUACUUCGUGAGCUUGUUCUGAAGCUGAGGCCCCAAGUGUACAGUCCCGGAGAUUACAUUUGUCGCACGGGCGAGGUUGGAAAGGAGAUGUUUAUUGUCAAUCACGGAAAAGUCGAGAUACUUGUUUCAAAUCACGUCGCUGGAAAAAGGACUUACCUGACAACCCUUUCCUCGGGCUCCUACUUUGGUGAAAUCAGCUUGCUCAAAAUAGACGAAGGGCAAAAUAGGCGGACGGCUGAUGUAAGGGCCGUUGGUUAUUCAGAGUUGCUACGUCUGUCUCGUAAGGAUCUCAUGUCGGCUCUGGUCGAGUAUCCAAAUGCAAAACGAAUACUGGAAGAAAUAGCUCGUAAAAGGUAUCGGACAACUCAAGGGAUGCGUCCUUCAAGUUCAAUAGAUGAUCAAGUUGUUGUAGGCGCUUCAACCGACUCGAUAGAUACUCCCGGUCGAUCCUCCCGCAGUUUACUCGACGUAAUCAAGUCUGACAACUUCAAGAGACUUAUUGAAGCAAGACGUGACGAAAUGCGCCAAUUAAAAUCUGUCUUAGAUGAACUAAAGCAGUUUGACUGCGUAGCCACAAAGGAACGGACCACUUCACUGCAGAAACAGAAUGAAUCUCUUAUUGAAGAGAUAAGGCUGAGAGAUACGGACAUUUUGAAGUUGAAAAACGAAAUCGCUCGGCUAAAAUCAAAGGAAAUGGCAUUUCGUUUGAUAAACAGACAACCGCCUAAACGUUCUGCAAUAAACGGACAUAAUUAUCCAACUGAACAGAAGGGAAAUGGACAUUGUAUCUGUAUUUGUAAUUCUGAAUCCUGCAAGAGGUGUGCGACUGAAAGUGGUGAACAUUGUCAAAAUAACGCUAGGCACCAAACAUCGAGAACAUCAAACCUAAAACGCAACGGUGAAAAUGAUAUUCCUAGAAAAUAUAUUUUAAACAAGUGCAGAACUCUGCAAUAUUCCUCAUCCGAGCCAAAUAUGUCACGAAAUCCUGAGCAUUUACGAAGACUUCCUUCGUCCAAAGAAAAGAAAGGUAUUGAUCCCAACUACACAUCGCUUUCAAUGCCUAAUUCACCUUUCCAAAAAAGGACGUCAGCAAUGAAGAGAAUCGAUCUUGUAAAUUAUGUAAGUAAAGCAACAAGCAACUCUCCAUCUUGCCACGAUGGUCAAGGGACAGUACAAAGCAAAGACGUUAUAUCCGAUACAGAGUCUUGUGAGCUUAGUGUGAUAGAGAAGUUACUGUCUUUAGAUAUGUCGGACGCAUCCCUAUAUUCCUCAGAUGAACAUAGUGAUAGCGACCUUGAAGUGAGUGGAGUGUGA